CGGACCUUGGCGAAGCCGGUCAGUCGCCGAACGAAUAUUGUUCGAGUCCACAUCGACAUUAUCCUCUCGACUGUAAUCGGGUAAAGUCAGACAGACAUUCAAGCAGAAAACAAUUACAACAAAAUGCAAAGUGUCGUGGUUUUCUUGGGGGUCCUCGCGACCCUUGGGGUUUAUCACGUGCAGGCUGCAACCACACAUACAGACAGUAAAGUUGUCUGCUACUACGAUCACAAUUCAUUCUUCCGUGAAGGCCAAGGCAAGUUUGAUGUACCCUUCUUGGAGCCGGCUCUACAAUUCUGCACGCACUUGAUCUACCGUUCCGCUGGCAUUAACGCCGCGACCAAUAAACUGGUCCCGCUUAAUGAGCACUUCGAUGUCACCAAGGACCAAUACCGCAAGGUCACCGAGCUCAAGCGUCGUUAUCCCACCCUUAAAGUCUACCUGGCUGUAGGCGCUGGUGAUGAUGAUCAAAACCCUGAGAAAUAUCUGACUCUGUUGGAAGGUGUGGAGAAUCGUAUUGCUUUCGUGAACUCCGCGCAUACUUUAGUGAAAACUUACGGAUUUGAUGGUAUUGACCUAGCUUGGCAGUUCCCAACCAAUAAACCGAAGAAGGUCCGCGGAAAAGUAUCCUCUUUCUUCCACAGUUUGAAGAAGAAGAUUGUUGGUGAGUCGAUUGUGGAUGAUAAAGCUGACGAACAUAAGGAGCAAUUCACAGCGCUGGUGCGUGAAGUGAAGAAUGUCUUCAAACAUGACGGACUUGCUGUUGUACUCAGCGUCUUACCAAACGUCAAUUCGAGUAUUUACUUUGACGUGCACAGCAUUAUCCCGCAAGUCGACUUUGUGAAUCUGAUGGCUUUCGAUUUCCGUACACCGAAACGUAAUCCCAAAGAAGUGGACUACCCAGCACCUUUGUAUAAUCUGAUUGAUCGUAAAGAAGACGAAAAUGGUAACGCCUGGGUGCAAUACUGGUUGACGCAUGGUGCGCCUAAUAACAAACUGGUUUUCGGCAUACCUACCUUCGGUAGAGUGUGGAAGAUGACUGAAGAUUCCGCCAUCAGUGGUGUGCCACCAUUCGAAACUGAAGGCGCCGCUGAAGUUGGACCAUACACCCAACACGAGGGUCUGUACAGCUAUCCGGAGGUGUGUGCCAAGUUGGCUAAUCCGAAUAACCUCAAAGCUCACCAAGGCAAACAUCUUAGGAAGAUUGGUGAUCCAUCCAAACGUUACGAGAAUUGGCACACGAUCGAUGUGUCCAAUCGAUUUGGUACCUACGCUUUCCGUCUCCCGGAUGAAAGUGGCGAGAACGGCGCUUGGGUGGGAUAUGAAGAUCCCGAUACUGCUGGUAACAAAGCCGGGUAUGUGCGUGACAAAGGAUUGGGUGGUAUUGCCAUUUUUGAUCUAAGUCUGGAUGACUUCCGUGGGUUGUGCAAUGGGGACAAGUAUCCCAUUUUGAGGGCUGCCAAAUUGAGGCUUUAAAUCAUCAACAGCACUUUUUUAAUAUGUGUGUUAUUGUUUAGUAAAAAAAAUCAGGAAUAAAGAAAUAUUUUAAUAA